AUGAAGAUGAAAACAGCCAUUCGCCAAGAUCAGUGGCUGUCGUUGAAACAAGGCGGAUCCUCGAAACAAGCUGUGGAUAUCGUGGCAGGAUUACCCCUGUCUGUCAUCGUUCGCGCAGACACAGCGGCUUGGUACUCAAAUCGCGAACUGCACGUCAUGCGCGCCUAUGAGACCGGGAAAUUUUUAAGCCGGGUUUACGGUGACGAUGGUGCGACCAUUUAG